AUGACAGACUACGAGCGGGCGGAACUCAAUGCCUUUGGCGAAGUCUUCCCAGAGGCCGAACAAAAGGGGUGUUACUUUCAUUUCUCACAGUGCUUUUAUCGUCAUCUACAGAAAUCGCCAGAAAUUUUGAAUGUCUUUUCCACCGACUCCGAUUUCUCCCUCCAUCUCUGGAACCUUGUUGCUUUGGCAUUUGUGCCUCCGGAAGACGUAAUAUCAACUUUCGAAAUGUUGAUGAGUGAGGAAUUCUUCAUCCACAACGAAGUUUUGCUUCAGGAAUUUCUUGCGUAUUUCGAAAAGACUUGGUUGGGACCCCGGAAUCCUCGUGGGAUAGCUCGCUUGGCUCCCUUGUUUGCCAUCCCUCUCUGGAAUUGUUGCCAUAGCGUGUUGGAAGAUUUGCCCAAAACGAACAAUUCCUGUGAGGGAUUUAAUUCAGGAUUUUCUACUCUUCUCGGCGCUUCCCACCCAACCAUUUACAAACUCAUUGACGGACUAAAGGAACAACAGGUUUUGACCGAAUUAAGCAUGAAUCAGCGCAUAGCAGGAAAUGUCCCCACCCCACGAAAAAAAAUCGCAAUCGCCUCAAAAAAACUUAAAACGGUUGUUGAGCAGUAUGGUGUUGGUGAUUUUUCACAUAUAGAUUACCUGCGCCAAAUUUCCUAUCGUGUACGCUUCCAGUAA